CCGCCUCCCUUGCUUCCUCCUGGGCUGGAGGCAGAGAGGAGGACUGAGUGGGCUCCUUCUCCUGGGGCUCAGAGGGGCGCAUGGGGGGAAGAAGAAGGAGCCACAGCCUCCAUGGAGCAACGCCACCCGGAGGGCCAGGCUGCCAACGUGCUGAGACAUGUGAGCUACACAACACACAGAGAUGCGUAGAGAUGCGAUUCCAUUAAAAAACCCCAGUGUGAAGAACAAAACCGGAAUAUGUGACAGCCUCUUGGGUGACAACAAUAUCAUGCCUCACCAAGACUGGCUCACUAACCUUGACUCCCGACUGCGAAGCCAAGAAGAACAGCUGACGCUGGUGAAGUCAGCAUUGGCAGAUGCCCUGAGAAGGCUUAGCUUCUAUGACCAGCAGAUCCCUCUGCUCAGACAGCAAUUGCUUGAAGCAAAUUCUGGUGUGUCAGAUACCAAAGACCCUGCAAUCCUUCCACAAGGAAAAAAUGCUCUUGGGAUCCUGCCCCCUAUCCUCUCCAGUUCAUCUGCUGUACAGCAGCCACCAAGCAGCAAGGAGUUGGUGCCCUGGAAUGACAGCUUGCUGAGGUUGAAACAAGUCAGCAUUGGGACACAGACAGAAGAGUCUACUGUAUUGCCCGCCAAGCAGGGACAGUGCCUCAAUAAUGGAUACCUUCAGCAGAUCGCUGAGAGCUCGGUUGUUAGAGAAAAACCCAUUCAGGAUCACUCCAGCACGAGGGAAGCAGACUCCCCCAAGGGUCUUACCUGUGGAGGUCUUCCAGAAGAGCUGGUUAAGAACUCCUUUGGGCCAAAAAACUAUGGAGGAGGCCAGGACUUGGGCUUGAAGAAUCAAAAUAUCCAGGAAGAACCUCAGGGUCAAGGCCUUGUUUGUUGUCAUCCGAACACUUGCCCCCAUGAAUUUCAAGAUGUCGGAGAGCCUCCACCCAAAGAUGGCAUGGACAAAGACAUGGGCACCGCACAGUCCCCACCUUCAGCCCAGCCGCCAUCCCCUGAGCCUCUCUCAGAAGGAGGGAGUAGCAGCAGCAGCACACCUGCCUCCCCAAUUCCUGCUGUUCAAAAUGUGAUGUCCAGCAAGAAAGAGCUAUUGCGAAGAAACAGCUCUUCUGACAAGCCCAGCAGAGCUAAGCACCACCUCUCCAGAAAGGCAGCAUCCUCAGCUAACCUCUUGAACCGCUUUGGUAGUCUUGAAAAUCGAAACAAGGAUCCUUCCCUGAAUCCAGGACCAUGGAGCACACGACGUGGGAAUUAUAAUCUAGAAGGACUUUCUACCAAGAUGUUCCUGCGUGGCCGUCCCAUCACCAUGUACAUCCCAUCAGAUUUCCCCAACUAUGAGGAUUUGCGCAUGGAACUGCCAACUGAGAAGCUGCAGCUGGACUGGGUUUAUGGUUACCGUGGCCGUGACUGCCGCUCCAAUCUCUAUGUCUUGACCUCUGGAGAGCUGGUCUACUUCAUUGCCUGUGUAGUUGUGUUGUAUCACAUCCAGCGCCGCACACAACGCCACUAUCUAGAGCAUACUGACUGUGUUCGCUGCCUUGCUGUACAUCCAGAUCGAGUCCGUGUUGCCUCAGGGCAAAUGGCUGGUGUGGACAAGGAUGGAAAGCCUCUGCAACCAUUUAUUCACAUCUGGGACUCAUCCACCCUUCGUACCCUGCAACAAAUUGGCCUGGGGAACUUUGAGAGAGGAGUUGGCUCCCUCGCUUUCUCCACUGCAGACAACGGGGCAUACCUUUGUGUGGUGGAUGAGUCCAAUGAGCACAUGUUGUCUGUUUGGGAUUGUGCCCGUGGCAUCAAGCAGGCUGAGAUCAAGAGCACUAAUGAAUCUGUCCUGACAGUGGAGUUUAAUCCCCAAGACAGCAGCAAUAUUAUCACCACUGGAAAAUCACAUGUCUAUUUCUGGACCUGGAGCGGAAACAGCCUGACCAAGAAACAGGGCAUCUUUGGGAAAUACAAGAAACCCAAGUUCAUCCAGUGUUUUGUGUUCGACACCAGCAAUGAUGUGCUCACUGGCGACUCGGAAGGCAACAUCCUUACUUGGGCCAGAAUGAAGGCUGAUAAUAGUACCCCAGGCAAAGGAACUAAAGGGACAUAUCAAAUCAGCAAGCAAACACGGGCCCAUGAAGGCAGCAUCUUCUCCCUCUGCCUGUGUCGUGAUGGAUCAGUGCUUAGUGGAGGUGGCAAAGACCGGCGUCUGGUCCGGUGGAGCCCUAGUCUCACCCUUUUGCAGGAGGUGGAGAUCCCGGAGCAGUUUGGUGCUGUGCGCACUAUUGCUGAAGGAAACCAUGGGGAGCUGCUAGUAGGGACCACACGCAAUGCCCUGCUCCUGGGGAGUUUGGCAGAUGGCUUCCAGCCCAUCAUUCAGGGGCACACAGAUGAACUGUGGGGGCUGGGCACUCACCCUUCACGGGACCUUAUUGUAACCUGCGGCUAUGACAGGCAGCUCUGCAUGUGGGAUGGUGGGGAGCACACGCUGGCUUGGAGUGUCAUGCUGGAGGAGACAGGUCUCUGUGCUGACUUCCAUCCCAGUGGGAAAGUGGUGACAGUGGGGCUCAGCACUGGACGCUGGGUGGUAAUAGAUGCAGAGACACAGCAAGUGUUGUCAGGCUACACAGAUGGGAAUGAACAACUCUCAGUAGUGCGCUAUUCCCCAGAUGGGGACUUUUUGGCUAUUGGCUCUCAUGACAACUUUAUCUAUAUAUACAGCGUAGAGGAUAGUGGACAUAAAUACAUCCGCUUUGGCCGCUGCACUGGACACUCCAGUUUCAUUACACAUCUGGACUGGUCCAAGGAUGGAAAAUUUAUCAUGUCAAAUUCAGGAGACUAUGAAAUCCUAUAUUGGGAUGUAGCCAAUGGUUGCAAGCUGCUGAGGAAUCGAUUUGAGAACAGAGACCGGGAAUGGGCCUCAUAUACCUGUGUUCUGGGUUUCCAUGUCUUUGGGGUAUGGCCGGAUGGCUCAGAUGGCACCGAUAUCAACUCACUCUGCCGCUCCCACAAUGAGCGGGUGGUCGCUGUGGCAGAUGAUUUCUGCAAAGUGCACCUUUUCCAGUACCCCUGUGCCAAGCCUAAGGCACCCAGUCACGUCUACAGAGGCCAUGGGAGCCAUGUCACAAAUGUGCGCUUUACACAUAAUGAUGGCUACCUUAUCUCCAUGGGAGGCAAAGAUACCAGCAUCUUCCAGUGGCGAGUGCAGGGCAACAGCUGUGCCCUCUUUUCCGCUUCAACCUCCUCACAAGACGCUGGAGUUAGCACCUGAACCUGGGGAAAAGGCACAAAACUAAACCAAACUCAGUAUUGUGGCUAAGCUUUAGUGGGAGAGGAUAGUGCAGUCCUCUGUUCCGUGAGUGAUUCCUGGAAGCUGAGUACUCAAGGCAGCAGAUGCCUUGGAAGAAAGGAGUCUCUUCUCCCCAGUGAGAUAUUUUUCUUUGGCUAACAAUGUGAUUUGCUUUAUUAACUUAAGGGUGAGGGAAAUAGCCAGGACAGUGAGUUAUCUGAGGCACAAAAGAACUGGCGUUGCAUAAAGGAAAAGCCAAUAUCUCAGACAUUGGAUUUGAGAAAGUAAUGGAUUUGGAAAUGGGAGAUUUGGGAGAGAAGAGUAGAGUUGGGAGGGAAGGCUGUGAAGAAUGUUUUAGAGAAUGUUCUCUCUUAAACGCGUUGCGAUGUGGCUCUGCUCUCUACAAGCCUCAAAGAUGCCGAGUUUUGUAAAUCCUGGGAAGAUGCUUCUGACCAAACCUGCUCCUUUUGCUCCCUUUGCACUUCAUUUACAUUCCUAGUGAUUCUUGAAGAGCCUGCAUCUGACGUCUAUUUAGCGAGAGCAAAGGAAGACCUUAACACUGUGAGAGACAUGGAGAAAUAAACUUUUGCAUCCAGAA